GCGUGUAAAAAAUAAUCAAAAUAUAGCUAUCUAUCAUGGGCAAACAAAGUACUAUCGAUAUUGGCGGGAUAUGUAUAUCGAUACCACUUUGUAAUAUUAAUAUGGCGUCAGAAGGCGAAAACGUUGUGAUGGAAAGUCCAGGUCGCCGCACACGUUCUGGUCGGAAGGCCGCAUCCCCGGCUGCAUCGCUACCAACGAGGAGCACCCGGCGCACAUCCAAGCGGAACGUACAGCUAAGUGACCACGAAGAGGAGGCCGAAGAGCAAGUGGUCAUGGUUCAGGACGAGGAGGAGCCUUUUGCAGGCACGACCACCGAUGAGGCACCCGCUUUGGAGCCCCAGUUCGAGGAGACACAGCACCAGAUAGAGGAUGACGUGGAAAUGUUAAUGCCAGCCGAAGCUGCAGGCGUUGAUGAAAAGAGCUCUUCCUUUCCGUUUGGAACGGUGGCGGAGCAGCAUUCAGAGACUAGUGAUGAUAUUAAGGAGACUCGCGGACAGGCUGGCGUGGACACCCUACUGGCUUCGAUGGCCGGCGAUAAUGCCAACAGCCUGCCCUCCGUAGGUGGGAAUGAUGAGAGUGACAAUGCCAAGAAGGCGGACUUUGAGUACAAUGUGGAGGCCCUGCAGCCGCAGGCAGAGAAACUCAAUUCCUCUGAGGACUCCAGCUCACAGCAUGCCAUUGCCGAGGAUCUAGCCGAUGCAGACACCAGCAAUGCCACCAUUGUCAACACAGAGAUAGUAUCCGAAGAUGAACUCCCUUUGCCCAGCAAACCGGAAAUCAACGAUGCCGAGGAAGUUUCCGACGAAGAGCUUCCAGCACCGCAGCGGGCUGAGUUGCCAGCGGAUGCAGAAGUAAUCUCUGAGGACGAGCUUCCCACCCACAAUAAUAAUAACACCGCCAGUGAGCCCAAGGCUCCUGUGAAGCGUAAGGCAGAAGACGAUAGCGUUAAAGGCACUGAAGAUAAGGAAGCAAGCAGUCAUGAAGCAAGUAAAGAUAAGUCCGCAGAGCAAUAUAAUCCGGGCAGUCCCACAUCUGAGAGUAACGAUGCACAGCCCUCAGAGAAAAAAAUCAAAGUUGAAGAAUCGGAACCCAAGGAGAAAAAGAAGGAAAAGGAGCGCGAUAAAGACAAAGAUAAGGAGAAGGACAAGGAUAAGGACAAAGAGAAAGAUAAGGAUAAGGAAAAGGAGCGAAAGAAGCUGCCAGACCUAGAUAAGUACUGGAGAGCAGUCAAAGAUGACUCCACCGACUUCACCGGCUGGACGUACUUGCUGCAAUAUGUGGACAGUGAGUCCGAUGCGGAGGCGGCUCGCGAGGCCUACGACACAUUCCUGUCCCACUAUCCCUACUGCUACGGAUAUUGGCGCAAGUACGCCGACUACGAGAAGCGCAAGGGCAUCAAGGCGAACUGCUACAAGGUGUUUGAGCGCGGACUGGAGGCGAUUCCGUUGUCAGUGGAUCUGUGGAUCCACUACCUGAUGCAUGUUAAGUCCCAUCAUGGAGAGGAUGAACAAUUCAUUCGCUCCCAGUACGAAAGGGCAGUGAAGGCCUGCGGCCUGGAGUUUCGCUCGGACAAACUCUGGGACGCCUACAUUCGCUGGGAGAAUGAGUCAAAGCGUUACCAGCGAGUGGUCCAGAUCUACGAUAGACUUCUGGCCAUACCCACACAGGGCUACAAUGGCCAUUUCGACAAUUUCCAAGAUGUGAUCAAUCAACAUGCUGUAACUAGCACACUAGCAAACGAGGAGCUGGUCCGUCUGCGUAAAGACUUCCACGAGCGUCAGCAGAGCAAGUCCUCCAAGUCCUCGUCCAAGCAUCGACGGGACAGUAGCAGCAGCUCCAAGGACAAAGACUCAAAAGAGCGAGGAGAACGGGAGAAGGACAAGGAUAAGGACAAAGACAAGGAGAAGGACAAGGACAAGGAAAAGGAGAAACGCGAAUCUGGCGGGGGCGGUGCUGGUAAGUCGCCAAAAGAUACUAGUGAAACUCAAGUCGAUGAAUCAGAUAGUACUACCGAUCUGACCACUGAAAGCGAGUCAUCGCCUGCAGCUUCAAAGCCGGCGCUGCAGAUCGAUUUCAGUGAUCUUAGCACACUAAACGACGAGGAGGUGGCCAGCAUUAAGGACAGGGCGAUCUCGGCGCGGCGCAAAGUCCACAAGCUGACCGUGAGCGCAGUGACAGCCCGCUGGUCCUUCGAGGAGGGCAUCAAGCGACCUUACUUCCAUGUGAAGCCCCUGGAGAGGGCUCAGCUUAAGAAUUGGAAGGACUACCUGGACUUCGAGAUCGAAAAGGGCGAUCGCGAGCGAGUCCUGGUUUUGUUCGAAAGGUGCCUAAUCGCCUGUGCGUUGUAUGACGAGUUCUGGCUAAAGAUGCUUCGCUAUCUAGAGUCUUUGGAGGAUCAGAGCGGAGUUGUGGACCUAGUACGUGAUGUUUACCGUCGUGCUUGCCGCAUCCAUCAUCCAGACAAACCCAGUCUGCACCUGAUGUGGGCCGCCUUCGAGGAAUGCCAGAUGAAUUUUGACGGCGCCGCCGAUAUUUUGCAGCGCAUUGAGCAGCGAUGCCCGAAUCUUCUGCAGCUUUCCUACCGCCGCAUCAACGUGGAGAGGCGUCGAGGUGCACUGGACAAGUGCCGCGAGCUGUAUAAGCACUAUAUAGAGAGUACAAAGAACAAGGGCAUUGCUGGUAGUCUGGCCAUCAAGUAUGCCCGCUUCCUCAAUAAAAUCUGUCAUGAUCUCGAUGCGGGCUUGGCCGCCCUGCAACAGGCGCUGGAACUUGAUCCGGCCAACACUCGUGUGGCCCUGCAAAUGAUCGAUUUGUGCCUUCAGCGCUCAAAAGUCGAUGAGCAGGAGGUGGUCCAAAUUAUGGACAAGUUCAUGGCUCGCGCGGACAUCGAACCCGAUCAGAAGGUUUUGUUUGCCCAGCGAAAAGUGGAGUUCCUUGAGGAUUUCGGCAGCACGGCCAGGGGUCUACAAGAUGCACAGCGCGCUCUGCAGCAGGCACUCAGCAAAGCCAACGAAGCGCAAAAGAAGGGUGAUGGCAGUCCUAGUCGUAAAAACUCGUCAAGCAGCAAGGAAGGUCCUGUGCCAUCAGGAUCCUCGGCGACAGCUUACAACAAUGGUGGCUCGGCCGCCGCUGUCGCAGGCUACAACUAUGGAGCAGCGAAUCCAUACUACGGCCAGCAGAAUGCCGGUGCAGCCUAUCCCCAGCAGGCACCACAACAGGCGUCCUACGACUCUUACUACAAUCAGUGGGGCUAUGGUUCCGGUGGCGCCACCGCCAGCAGUGGUGGCGGCUACAACUACGGCCAGUGGAGCGGCUAUGGCAACUACUAUUGAGCUCGCUGACUAGAUCUAAGCCACUCCACCUGUAGCUCUUAAGACGCCACAGCUUGUUUAGUUUUGCCUUGCUGCUCUGUUAAGUUAUAGAUAUCUUAUUGUAAUUUUUUAUCAACUCCUAUUUGAGCCCACAAAAUAGCCCCACCAUUGCGUAAAAUAAAAUAUACCAGCUUAAUCGGUCCACCAUAA